GUAGACAGGGCGCCGCCUAGCACUUGCAACGUGCCGCUGCUGCGGAAUCGGCGGGAGAUGUAAAACGGCUGUCGCCGACGGUAACCACGCUAUUGUUCCUCGCCGCGUUGCGGAGGCGAAUAGUGCGAUAAGAGUUCGCCAUUCUACACGAUAGCGCGUGCAGGGCUCAUUCUAUUUCUGGUUGACGCUGAUCUAGGCAAAGUGUCUGACACCACUGAGGAGCGAUAAGCUCGGUAAAAGAAGCCACCGCGCUCUUUCGCGAACGUAGGAUUCGUGCCCGAAGACGCCGCCAUGCCGGAUCGUGGACAGGGACGAGUCUACCGUUUUCGCGACCACGUCGCCGCCGGCGUCAACUGGCGACCGACGCGGUUCGUCGACGAGGUUCCCAGUUCACGUGUGUGCGGCCUCUGCCGCAUGAUCCCCAAACGGACGGUGGUGUUGCCGUGCGGUCACGCUCUCUGCCAAUCUUGUCACGCAGCCAGUCUCGAAGGGGACGUUGGCCAGUGUCCGUUGGAUCAAGUGCAAUUCGAAGAAGCGGAAUGCGUGGGUGGCGAAUUCCCUACCAGAAUAGCGAACACCGUCAAGGUGUACUGCUGGAACGAAGCUCACGGCUGCGAGUACACGGGCACCAUGGACCGCAUGCUGGAGCACUACGAGAAGGAGUGCACAUUUCACACCGUGGAAUGUUUGCGAUGCGGCGAGGGAGUCCAGCACAAAGACCUGCCAACGCAUUACGCGGCCGGAUGCCCUGCCCGUGUUCCUUCCGCGAUCACAGUGUCCUCGGAGCAUACAGCACUGACCCUUGCAGACGUGAACGUUGCCCUUGAAGAUGUGAAGGCAAUGUUGGGAUGCCUCAACCAUGACCAGCUGCUGCCAGUGAUUCAGAGUCAGUUGAAUGAGCUUACAGAACAAGCCAGAAACCAGGAAGCCAGGUUAGCUGGGAUGACUCGCGAGCUCGGGGCAUGCGAGCACAAUUUAAAGGCCGAGAUGGAUCAAAUCGCAGCCACGAUUUCAUCGACCGUGGCGCACCAGCGGACGUCUCAGCAAAAUCCAUCGGAAGAAGACAGCACGUCGAGGUCGCUGUCGUUGCACUCGGGACAGGAUCUGAUACUUCGAAAGUUGGAAGGUUUAGCGCACCUGGAAAACUGGCGGAAAACUUCCCAGAAGCCCGAUUUCGGCCGUGUCAUUGCUCGUUGUGAGACUUUGUACAGCAGACUUUCGCAUUUGACCAGUGCGCUGUCGACAAACGCGCAAAUUAAAGGAGAGCGGUUGGCCAGUUAUGUGCUGACACUGGAAAAUUAUGAGGAAAUCAUUCAGUGGCAGGGAGAAGGAAAAAAGUUUGCUGAGAUUAGGAAGUGGCACAUGAGGGACACGAACUUCACGAUUGCCGUCUGGAAGUACGGCAAUACUCCAACACCUGCCCUCGUUCUGGAUAUCGAGUUUAACGGGACCCUGGUGGACUCUCAGUGUUGGCCGCCUUACUGGAGGGUAACGCCUUUCUGGAAGGUAACAUCCAAUCAACGCUCCUUGACUGCCGGUCGCAAGCCCUGUUACUGCAAGCGCCAUGAUCCCUCAUUGCCGCACUUCCACCUCAAGUUUACUGCAGACAUUGCCUCGAUGGAAAAUGGCGGCUACCUGCGAGACGGAAUGAUGGCGUUCCAUAUCUCGCUACGCAAUAAAGCUGUGGACGGUAGCAUCGCAGGAGCACCCUAACGUUCGUCAUCGCAGAACGGUGAAUCCUCCUCGCCACUUCGGAAAAUGUGUCACAUGAGCUUAGCGAAUUUUCGAUCUCCUUUGUCCUAAAUAAAGCGAGCUCUGCGCACAUUUCUUUUUUUAAAAUUUGCUAUCCUUUGUAACUGGCAACGUAUUGUUUUUCUUACUCUACUGGCCGUUCAUUUUCUUUAUUUCUUGUGCUAAUACAAUCGUUCUUCCGAAA